AUGCUGAGGCAGCCGCCCUUCUAUGAGCUGGUGGGCUACAGGCAGCCCCCUCCCGCCUUGCUGGCCAAAGCAGCUCCUGAGCGGCCGGACUUUGCUCCAGAGCCUCUCCACGGACCCGGGAGCGCCAAGGCGACCGCGGCAGCAGCCCCUGCCGCCGGCGUCACGCCCAAGAGUGACCAGAAGACCGAGCAGCAGCAGCUCCGGAGGAAGAUCAACAGCCGGGAGCGGAAGCGGAUGCAAGAUCUCAACCUGGCGAUGGACGCGCUGCGGGAGGUGAUCCUGCCCUACUCGGCCGCGCACUGCCAGAGCUCGCCGGGGAGGAAGCUCUCCAAGAUCGCCACGCUGCUCCUGGCCAGGAACUACAUCCUCUUGCUGGGGAGCUCCUUGCAAGAGCUCCGGAGGAUCCUAGGCGAGAUGAGCGGCUCGGGCCCCCGGCUGCUCCUGGCCGGCCUGCCCCUCUUCGCCGCCGCCGCCGCCGCCCCGGGCCCGGUCCUCUUGACGCCGGGGGCCGUGAAUGCCCAUCACCACCACGCCCCGCACCCGGCCAGCAAGUACCUCUCGGUGGCCCUGGAAGAGCAGCAGUGCGGCCAGGUGCACCUGCCCAGCGGCGCCAGCCUCUGCACUUGCGCCAUUUGCAAGUUCCCCCACUUCAUCCCGUCGUCCGGCCUCAGUUUAACGGCCGUGCAGGCGCAGUUCUCCAAGUGA